AUGCCGCGUCUAGCCGUGCUCAUCUCGGGAUGCUCUGUGUUCCUUGUGUUAAGCUGGGCAAUGGUCGCGAUUCGCCAGGCGAGUCGGCCUCAGUUCCAUUCCUCCUCGCCAACAGUUUUGCCGGCAGCGAAAGCGCAGAAAGAAGGUGGUGUUGGUGUACAUAAGGAGGACGCAGCCAAGCUCAAGACCCGGUUCAAGACCCCUGAUGGGAAGGACCUCGGCGACCGCGAGCUCGAUCGGAAUGGGAAGCCGAAGAAGAGGAUGGGGUCGAGGGGCAUCUCCGUGGACAGGAAGAACAUCGUCGAGACUGUUGAGAUGGACGACCUCAGGGCCCCGCCGGGACGCCUGUGGAUUCCCGCCGCGCUCUCCGGCCCCAUCAACCACGACUCGCCAGACAACGCUCUCUUCAACGUGCUGGUGGCCUACUGCCAGCUGGACAUGGUCGCCUACCACGAGAGCCCGUGGCUCUUCGCGAUGGGAGCGUUCCAUCAACGAACCUCCGGGUGCAUGGACGACCCGAGCUUGACCCGGACGUACAGACUCUCGUCCCUCAAGCGAGUGCUAGAAGAAAACCCCGACGAGUUCAUGGAUCCCACCGGCUUCAUCUACCACGAAACCCGCUGCGGCUCCACCCUCUCGGCGAACAUGAUAGCCGCCGUGCCCUCUAACAUCGUCCACAGAUGUCCCGACGGGUUGAGAGAGGAGCUGGUUCGUACCGUGUUCCGUCUGAUGGGCCCGGUGCAAGACGGCCACACGGACCUGUUCUUCAAGUUCCAGAGCUCCAAGUUCCUGCCGGCGAUCGAGCAGGCGUGGCCGGAGACUAAGUGGAUCUACCUUUUCCGAGACCCCCUCGAGGUCAUGUCCUCCAACCUGAAGGGAGCCUGGCGAAAACAGGUAGCUAGCGCAGAGCGCAAUAUGACGUCCCCCGCGGUCUAUAACCUCGGCGGGCCCUGCGUGAGGGGCGCAAAGGGCGGCGGGUCGAGAAAAGCGCCAAGCCCGGAAAGCCUUGUUACCACUUGCGCUAAGCACCUGGAGACGCUGAAUGAGAUUGCUCUGACGCAGAUCGUGGAGGGCUCUCCCAAUGGGCUGGCCGUCGAGUAUCGGCAGCUACCGGAGGUCAUGACGGAGUACGUGUACCCGAAGCACCUGGGCAUGGCUGAGACCGAGGAGGAGCGUUCGGAGUUCAAGCGCUGGAUGGAGCCAGUGACUCACGUGUACUCGAAGGGCAUGGCAACUCCUGCCGAAGGCGCAGUCUCCAAGGAGUAUCAACAAGGGAUGGAUCUCGAGUUGAAGGAGCAGGGCAGCGACCCGCGCAUGCGAGCAGCGGCUGCCACCAUGUGCGCGAACUACCGCUCCCUCGUCGAACUGCAGCGAUGGCGAAAGGAGGAGCAGGGCAGCACGAUGGGGACCUGUGAUGUCAGAUGACGUGUUCUCUCUUGGGCACGCCACUACGAUAAGUGGUACUUGGUGGGUAUGGUUACUCCGGUUUCUUUUUCAGGGUGGACGAAGCCCUCCUCCCCGAGGCGUGCAGCCCGAAACUCGAGAGGGGCGCUUCCAUGAUAUUUGGGUAGGCGUGAUGGCUGUGGACCUAAUUUUUCACUUAGAACUGCGGCGUUCAAGGGUAAUUAUUUUUUGUGUGCUGAAUGAGGGUGCCCGUUGUGUAGCUGUACAGCCCUCUUCGUACUGGCAAAACGGGCGUGAGGCUAGAAGGACUUACAUGUAGCGCGGGUGCCUGGUGGCCAGAAAUACCACUAGCACUGGCCAUAUACAAAAUACACCGAAAAGUGUAGUACA